AUGUAUAAGAAAAGAAAGGUAUCAGGAAGAGAUUACUUUAGUUAUUUAGACAACACAAACCCAAUAGUGACAGCUGUGUCUACUAUACCUGGUGUGAACGAGGGAUCAACGGAAGAUUUCAACAACAUGGAAGAUAAGUCAGAAGAAGACAUUUCAAUACCAGGUUUAGACUGCAAAACAGAUGCUCAAUUCUUAAAGGAUAGUCAUAGAGAGCAGAAUCAGAGACGCAAGAUACCGUACUCUCGACCCAUCGACAGAGACUUCGUCCAUGCGUGGAGAAGUAAUAAACAGCCACCAGCAAUAUCUGGGGAAAAAGUAGAUGAAAAACCCAAAGCGCCUUUGCCAAGUCUCCUGGAAUUACCCUCUGUUAAACCAGCAGAAGAUUUUAAUUUGGAAACUUUGAAGGAUGAAGAGGGUGACAGACAUAGAAAACAGCUUAGACAAGGAAGAAAUAAAGGUUAG